AUGGUGAUUCCGUGUUCGAUUUCGAAAAAUGCCUUUGAAGCAUACAGAUGUUCCGUUGCAACGAUUUCCCUGCCUUCUGAGUAUGGCAGAACUUUGCGAUCCGAAAACGAAGAGUGGGCUGUUAAAAUCAUUCCCGACUUAAAAGUGCUCGCGCUAAAAGCAAUCGUCGAUCAGUGGCAAGAAAAUCCAAUCUUCGAAGAACUGCCGACAUGUGUGGACCAAGAAAUGUUAUUGGAGAUGUUACCAACGAAUCUGCCUUUCGAAAUGAUGAUUCGAAGAAUUUCCCAUGAAUAUUACUGGCAACGAGCUGCCAAAGACAAGUGGAAACAUAAUAAUCCAAAUGAUCACGGUGAUUCUUGGCGACGAUUGUAUUGUGAGCGUUAUUUAGAGGAGUACUUGGAAGCAUUGGACCCGAACUAUUUUAAAGCACAACAAGAAAAUUUCGAAAAAUUAAUUGCCCUAGUUCGAGAUUACGUUUGCACUUUAAGGAUCCGUUCGCUGGUUCCAACCAAAUACCCAUUCAAGUGGUCUGGCGAAGAAGACGAAGAUCAAUGUACCAAUAAGACGUACUCUGUGGACCACAUUCCAAUGGGUCUAAUUUUACCAAGACUACCAUUUCUUCAAGAACUGAGCAUUAAUUUCGGCAUGAUUUACAUGAACGACGGUUUCGAAUGGAGAGAUUUUCAGUUUUCAGUGGAAGACUGCACGAGUCUUGGCCGUGGCAUUAAAAAUUGUUCGUUGCUGAAGAAAUUCAGCUUAACUCGUAGCAAUCUCGAUCAACCACGAGUUGCUGCUCUUCUUCAAGGCGUUGUCGUGAAUAACAGAAUCGAGGAGUUGGACCUUUCGCACUGCAAGCUCGGUGAUACCGGGGCUCACGCGAUUGGUGAAUUUCUUACCAUCCACAAACGUCUGAAAGUUCUGAAAUUGGCAAACAACAUGAUCGGCUCCAGCGGUCUCGCGGGCAUUGUUUACGGAUUGCUACAAGAAAACUCCACGCCCAUAAAAAGACUCGAUCUUCGAUUGAAUCCUCUCCAGGACGAAGGAGGAACUCAUUUUUGCGCUUUAUUACUGAGGCACGGUGGCUUGGAAUAUAUAAACGUUAGUGGAUGUGGAUUGACUGCAAAUACUGGAAUGGGUAUGGCCGAAAUAAUUGCUUCUGGAUGUAUGAAAUUUUACAGUUUAGAGGUCGACCUGUCAAACAAUAAUUUUGGACCUAUAGCUGGAGAAGCUUUCGAAGUAGCGAUGAAGACCAGUUCUGUAAUUAUUGGCUUCGAUGCACGAUUAUGUAAUUUUACAAAAGAAUCCGAGUAUUUCAUCAGCGAGAGUGUAACGAGGAAUAAAACAGAAAAGAAGAAAGAAAGAGCAAAGGCGGCUGCUGCUCGUCGCACUACAGAUCGUGGACCAGCUCGUACAGUGAGCUUGCAAGUACCUCCUGAAUAUGCACACCUUCAACAACCUCAGAGAAGAAGAACGGUUUCUCGAUCGGUCAUUGAUCUGGCGAUUGGAGAUUUUGACGUUAUUGUCGGAUGAAGUCAAUCAAACUUUCCGGACCAUGAACCUUCAAUGGAGUUAGGUGAUUGAAGGAGGUUGAAGGUGUCGGAUCUCACGUUAUGGUCCAGAUCCUUCGUUACGGUCGAGAAGUUUGACAUCCGAGGACAACAGGACGUUGUCAGGUCCUCCACCUUCCCAAAAUUUCUCGUGAAUUUCUUCCGACGACCGUACCAGGUCUCUCCUCUUUUUUCGUCGGGUUUCCAGCGAGUCCGAAAUUUCGUCUAAAUUAUUCAUACUCCGAUUCCCCAUCCGUGAGUUAGAUUCCUCGUGCUCGAAUUGCGGACAGAAAUUCGGCCUCGUUACAAGUAGAAUUACCACGAAAAUUGUAUAAUUGUUUCGAUAUUGGCGUCGAGUAUCACGUUUACAAAAAAAAUAUCUACCUACAUGCAUUACAGGAAAUUCUGAAUCCUUUACAUUUUUCAGAAAAAGGCUUUAUAUUUUGAAUCGACAACUUAUGUAUUUUUUACUCGAAAAAAGAAACGUCAACGGGAUUACUCUCCUUGAUUGUUUCUUCAAAGAGUUUAACGUAUUUUAUAUAUUAUAUUAAACAUGACAAUUUACAUGUGAAAUCGGCAGAUUAUGUGUAGAAAGCACACUUUUUAUUAAAAUUUAAAGCGGACUACAUUUGUUUAAUAGAUCGCACCGCAUUACAGAUUCCACUUAAAUCCAUUAUAGCACUUUCCGUUUCAUAA